AUGGAGAACAGAACAGAAGUGACUGAGUUCAUCCUGCUGGGGUUGACCAGUAACCCAGACCUGCAGGUCCCCCUCUUUAUCACCUUCCUCAUGGUCUACAUCAUCACACUGGUUGGGAAUCUGGGGAUGAUCCUCCUGAUUCUCUUGGACUCUCGUCUCCACACCCCCAUGUACUUCUUCCUUGGUAAUCUCUCUCUGGUGGACUUUUGCUACUCUUCCGCUGUCACUCCAAAGGUCAUGGCUGGCCUCCUCUUUACAGACAAGGUCAUCUCCCACAAUGGUUGUGCUACUCAGGUGUUCUUCUUUUCAGGCUUUGCUACUGUGGAAAAUUACCUGUUGGCCUCCAUGGCCUAUGAUCGCUACGCAGCAGUGUGCAAGCCCCUCCAUUAUACCACCACCAUGACAACCAAUAUGUGUCUGGGUCUGAUCAUAGGCUCCUAUGUAUGUGGUUUUCUGAGCGCUUCCAUUUUUAAUGGGAAUGCAUUCAGUCUGACCUUCUGUGAGUCCAAUGUGAUUCAUCAUUUUUUCUGUGACCUUCCAGCAGUCAUGGUUCUCUCUUGCUCUGAUAGACACUUCAAUGAUCUAGUCCUUUUGUAUCUCGCCAGCUUCAAUAUCUUUGUUGCUCUCACAAUAAUCUUAAUAUCCUACGCAAUGAUUUUUAUCACCAUCCUAAAGAUGCGCUCAGCUGCAGGACAUCAGAAGGCUAUCUACACCUGCGCCUCUCACUUCACGGCUGUCUCCAUUUUCUAUGGGACUCUUAUCUACAUGUACUUACAGCCCAAUUCCAGUCAUUCCAUGGACACUGACAAAAUCUCAUCUGUGUUUUACACCAUGAUCAUCCCCAUGCUCAACCCUGUGGUCUACAGCCUGAGGAACAAGGAGGUCAAGAAUGCAUUCACAAAAAUGAUUUCCAAGGCCAAAUACUCCAUGUGUGUUUGA